UUUUCUUGGGUCGUCCAACGGCCCAUAGUAGUCUUGGCACCCUGUUCUCAUCCGCUCAUCACGACCUCGACAUCCUCUUCCCCUCUAAAACCCCAUCCUCACCGUCCGUUCUCUAUUCAACGACAUGGGCUCUCUUUCCAUUUCAGAAGACCUUCCUCUCCAAUACCCUCUCGCUCGCAGAGAUGAUUCCGUCGUCGACGUCUACCACGGCAUUUCCAUUCGCGAUCCGUACCGCUGGCUUGAAGAUCCUGAUGCAAUCGAGGUCAAGGAAUUUGUUGAGAAGCAAGCAAAUCUUACUGAAAUUCUGCUUCAGAAGUGCGAGUCACAUGGGAAGCUUCAUCAUCAGAUCACGACACUGUUUGACCACCCUCGCUAUGAUACGCCAUUCAAGCGAGGGGAGAAAUAUUUCUACUUCCACAAUACCGGCCUCCAGGCACAGAGCGUUCUGUACGUGCAGGAUGGUUUAGAGGAAAAGGCAGAGGUUUUGCUAGAUCCGAAUAGCUUGAGUGAGGAUGGAACAAUCGCUUUGAAAAUAACUUCUAUAAGCGAGGAUGCCAAGUUCUUGGCUUAUGGGCUUAGUUCGAGUGGGAGCGAUUGGGUUACGAUCAAAGUAAUGUGCAUUGAUGAUAAGUGUGUCAAGCCUGAUUCAUUAUUGUGGGUGAAGUUUUCAACCAUUAGCUGGACUCAUGAUGGCAAAGGGUUUUUCUAUAGCCGUUAUCCUGCUCCGAAGGAAGGUGGACAACUGGACGCAGGGACAGAGACAAAUAUUAACCUUAAUCACGAAGUCUACUAUCAUUUCUUGGGUACGGAUCAAUCAGAAGACAUUUUAUGUUGGAGUGAUCCAGAGCAUCCAAAGUGGCUGUUUGAAGCCCGUGUCACUCAUGAUGGAAAGUAUGUUCUUCUAUAUAUCGAGGAGGGUUGUGAUCCAGUCAACAAACUCUACUACUGUGACUUGUCCGUGCUCCCUCAUGGUCUCGAAGCUUUUAGGGAGAGAGAUGACAUUCUCCCCUUCAUUAAGCUCAUCGACAAUUUUGAAGCAUGUUAUCUAGCAGUUUCAAAUGAUGGAAGUGAGUUUACAUUUCUGACAAAUAAAGAAGCUCCGAAGUAUAAGGUAGUCCGCGUGGACCUGAAGGAACCGGCAAUAUGGAGUGACGUGAUCCCAGAAGCUGAAAAAGAUGUGCUUCAAUCAGCUAUUGCUGUUAAUGGUAACCAACUUCUGGUGAGUUACUUGAGUGAUGUGAAGUAUGCAUUGCAGAUAAGAGACUUGAAAACGGGGCUGUUGCUGCAUCAUUUGCCCAUUGAGAUUGGUACAGUUUAUGGGAUUUCUGGAAGGCGCAAGGACAGUUUGAUUUUUAUUGGGUUCACUAGCUUCCUUACUCCAGGCAUUAUUUAUCAGUGCAACUUAGCAACUGAGGUGCCGGAAAUGAAGAUAUUCCGAGAGAUUGUUGUCUCUGGAUUCGAUCGCACAGAGUUCCAGGUUAAUCAGGUUUUUGUAUCUAGUAAGGAUGGUACCAAGAUACCAAUGUUCAUUGUCUCUAACAAGAAUAUUCCUCUGGAUGGAUCACAUCCAUCCUUGUUGUAUGGUUAUGGGGGUUUUAAUGCAAGUCUUACGCCAUCAUUUAGUGUGAGUCGCAUUGUUCUUAUAAGGCAUUUGGGUAUUGUCUUCUCCAUUGCAAAUAUACGUGGUGGUGGAGAGUAUGGAGAAGAAUGGCAUAAAGCGGGAUCCCUUUCAAAGAAACAGAAUUGUUUCGAUGACUUCAUUUCAGCUGCUGAAUAUCUUGUGUCUGCUGGUUAUACCCAACCUAGAAAGCUGUGUAUUGAAGGUGGAAGCAAUGGUGGUCUUCUAGUUGCAGCAUGUGUGAAUCAGCGACCUGAUCUCUUUGGCUGUGCUCUUGCACAUGUCGGCGUGAUGGACAUGUUGCGUUUCCACAAGUUCACCAUAGGCCAUGCGUGGACUUCUGAUUAUGGGUGUUCUGACAAGGAGGAAGAAUUUCAUUGGCUUAUCAAAUACUCACCACUUCAUAAUGUGAAAAGACCUUGGGAACAGCUCAGCGAUCGGCCAUUCCAGUAUCCACCUACCAUGCUGUUGACAGCUGAUCAUGAUGAUCGGGUGGUGCCAUUACACUCAUUGAAGCUAUUGGCAACCCUGCAGCAUGUCCUUUGCACGAGCUUGGAGAACAGCCCGCAGAAGAACCCAAUUAUCGCCCGCAUUGACCGAAAGGCCGGGCACGGAGCCGGACGUCCUACCCAGAAAAUGAUCGAUGAAGCUUCUGACCGUUACAGUUUCAUGGCGAAAAUGCUUGGGAUCUCUUGGAUCAACUAAUCUCUCCUCCCUUGAUCACUGAAUAUAAUACAAAACAAAAGGAAGACAGUAAAGAUGAAAGAUUUACAUAGUUAUACAAGUGACAUGUACAAGUAUAUACAGAAUGAAGAGUUCCUGGAUAUGCUCAAAAUUUGCCAAACAGACAUUGGUGGGGUCAUGAGGAAAUUUGGAAACAGGUGUGAAUGAACUGUAUCCAUGCAACAUUUUUCAAUGUCUCUAGGCUGGUUCUUCAGGAAUGUUGGUCUCUGCGAUUGGUUUCAUGGCCAUGCAUUUCAAGUACAUGAACGCGCAUUGAUUAUCUGUCCAUGUAUAGCAGGAUGCUCUGAGAGAAUGCUGAUGAGACACAUGCUGAUUGCUAAGUGAAUGUUACAAUACAUAUUUUUCUGAGAAUUUUCUUGUAAGUAGCAUAAAAGUGUAGAAUGUUUUAGCUUAUUUUAGUAGAAACAAAGAUAUUUCAUAAUCCCAAGUCAGUAUCUUAAAUAAGCAAA